AGCUUGUUUAUGAAUCUCGCAGACAUAUAAUGCACGGUGCCUAUGAAAGAACGUGGAGUGGUGAUACCCAAGGUGUAAUGUCAGGAAUGGCAAGGGGGUUGAAUCUGGAUAAGAUUGCAUUUAAUUUUCGCUACUCAAGCGACAACGUUGCACGUUCGAACCCUUGGCCAAGAACACUUCUGAGCGGAGAUUUCAUUUUGAUUGCUGAGUUCGCCGAGAAUGAGGGACCAAAGCCAGUAAUGACAAUUCCCAAGAAUGCUGGAGAAAAUUUUGACGUGAAUGCCUUUGCUGUUCAUGUAAUGUCAGUAGAUUAUACUCAAUCCAGGGGCAGCAACUUUUCCAUUGUUGAAGACACUCAGCUGUUUUUAACAGAGAGAAAAGAUGGAAUUUAUGCCUAUGUUCACCAUUUUACUCUUUAUGAUAUUCAUGCUCGUGGUUUUGUAAGGCCCUACUGCAUGUGCUACAUUUCACAUUGCAAAAGAAAAAUGUUUUCUUUUCUUGACAGUUUCAUGGAUGAAUUUACCAAGGUGUCCAAGUUAUUUAGGCAUGGUAACAGAAUAACGUUCCUAAGAGACCUAGAAGAACGAUUGUGUGAUGUUUUAGAGUUAAAGGAAAAAAGUAUCUUGGAAAAUUCCUUCUCCAGUUGUCUUCUUGGUCAGAAAUGGAAGGUUACCCAAAUGACUGGAAAAUCAGAGAAGAAGUUGAAUGCUGAAUAUGAGUUGAUAUUGACUGAGACCAAAAAGUUGAUAGAAGUCCUAAGACCACAUAUAGUGAAUGACCCCAGGGUUGAACAUCAAUUUAAAAGGCUUGAAGACUUGGUCCAAGGAAGGACUCGUAGUUUCACUGUUGCUGAUGGUUGUCUUGAAGUAAGACAUGAAUUUAGUGAUCACAAAUUGCCAACCCACAAGCCUACAUUACGAAAAGCUGUCUCACUCCCAGAUAUCAAAUAUCUCCUGAAAGGAUACAAAGAACUGAACCUAAAGCCUAGGUCCUGUUUGCCCACUUAUCUUAAUAGUAUGAAACAGUUACGACAUUUACAUGACCUGUGUGAGUGGGGAGCAAAAGAAGGACUCAGCAGACUUCGACGUGUUUUUAAGCAUUACAACAGAGAAACUGCCGCACUGUUAAUUGAAAAGACGGAAACAAGCCAUCUUGAUCGCUUUCCCGCUCUUCUGACCAUUGGCCGCAGUGUAGUAUCUAACGUUCUUCGAAACAUCGACAUGAAGUGUGUGGACAGCUGCACCACCAGUCGCUCCCCCAUAGAUACUCCAAGUCAAGAGUGUCUUACAAGAAAGUCGUCGUGUGGUAGCUUAGAAAGUAUGCACAGCCUGGAUUCUUUUCAGUCCUGUGUCGAGGACGAGUUCGAAGGAUCCUCGAAGUCAAGUGAUGGAAUCCUUUCACCAUUUACACCAUCCUCUUCAUUCCAUGCUGAUUUGCAAGGAGGAGAAAGAAAUGAAAUUUUCAGUAACAGUACCUCUGAAUCUCUUCUUGCGGAUGACAGUGACGUGAUGUCCACUCAUUCGGAUACAACUCUCACGAGAGCGACCGUUGAGACUGUGUCUCUGGCGGAUUACGCUUUAAUGGGCGAAGAGUUUCUGUCAAAUCUGAGUGGGUCUCCUCUCAGUAGACCAGCAAGUGGUACCACUGAAACAAACGUUGGGAUGCAUUUCAGUCAACUCAGAGGAAAGAGUUUAAGUUUAGAGAGUUUGGCGACGUCGCCGGAUUCAAAGGGUGGCCACCAGAGAAAAAGGAAAAAACUGGAUUUACCGGUUUUGCAGAUUCAAAAUUCACCAUCGCCGCCGAAAACUGAGAGGGUUCCGAUUGUCAACACCCCGAAUGUUCCCUUCAGAAAUGCAAAUGUGAAAAGUAACUUGUUUGGAAAGAAUUCGGUUAGGAGAGUUAAAAGCUUGGAUACCCCACGAACGUCCUUGUGCAGUGGAGAAGAAAAAGUGCUUCAAAAAAGAUCGCGUUAUAACACAAGACCCGAAAUGAUUCGACUCAGGUGUUUUGCAGAAGAAGUUUCCCAGCCGCUAGCAUCGUACACAGGUUCUAACUUGUUAUCCUUGCGAAACAACUUGAGUUUUUGUAUUCACUUGCUGUACGCUCUUCUUUGUGGACGACCAGUGGUGGUCUUUGCCGAACCGAAGAACGAAAGGGAAGCGCGAAUUGUCAUCUCUGCUUUGUGGAUGUUUGUACCAGAAAAUAUGAGUCAUGGAAAGGUCGUGGAUCCUUGGCGGACCAAACCUUUACAGAUUGCUGACCUUGCAUGGUUAAAACUUGUUGGCCUCGCAAAGAGUAAGCAUUUCAACAUGAUUCCCAAAUCUGUGAAGAGGUUUGUUUCUGUUCUCGACCUUGAAACAGAUCGUAUUGUUACACCGCAGUAUAAGGGAUGUUAUAUUCGUCCAAUGUGCAAUAUUAACAACAUGUGGCCAUCAAAUGCAGCGUUAGUGGCAUUUGUCCAUAGCGUCUUCUUGGAGUUAGCGAACAAGGCUUACGUAUAUUACUUUGCUUAUUGCCUCGGAGGACUCCAGUGGUGUUGCUGCAAGAGCAAUCAGCAGUCACAGUCUGGACAGGCGAUCGCUGAUGUGGAUGGUCCUGGGGUGCUGAGCAGACUUAGAGUACAUUUUUCAGACGCCAAAAUAGUUCAGGCGUUGUGAUUAAUAGCUCCAAACGAAAAGCUGUCUUAUAAAAUAAUGACCUACUGGGUCUAAUUAUCAAUUAGCUCUACAGGAGUGCUUUUUUCGUAUGAAAACUAUUUCGAUCAACCGGCAAAACUUGGUUUGGUGCCUUUCUAUUAUCUCGUGCUUUUUUUUGUACAUUCAUGAAUGCUUUGAUAAGUUAUUGUAGAUAUUAGGUAGAAUUUUUAAUUUUUUAAAAUAUCUUUUUAUACUUAAAUUAUGAAAAUCCUAUAUUCUUAGUUCAGAAAGCUAAAAGAUAAAUGAUUACCGAAGAGAAUAUGUAAUAAUAUCUUUGAAAAGUAAAUUUGUGUAAAAUGACGUGCCCUUCGAUUAUAAACCCUUCCUCUAGUCGUUUACGGUCAGUUUAC